UAAACAUAUACUACCAAACUUCAAUGUGUGAUCAGAUCUAGCCUCCAGAGCUACACAAGAUCUGAAAAGUUGGAAAAAAAAUCGUAACAAAAUAUCAGUUUUAAAAGUUAGAAUCUGCUUUACUCCUGACAGUAAUUCUAGAUAUUUGGGAAAUUAUAAACCAACGGAAAAUAUUUCUUGUAGCGUCCUUCCCUAGUUUAAAUCCUUGGUGUUCUUGUUAUAACUUUCGUCAUCUAACAAAACAUUAUGAAAUGAAUUGUAACUGGAAAAGAAAAAGGAAACGGGAUUUUGAAAUAAUCUUUCUCCGUAAAUCGGGUUUUUGAGUGGUAUUAGAGUUUUUGAGAAUUCAUCCGGUUUUAAGUCGACAUAUUUAUUCAGUUUUGUCAUGUACGAGCAGUUCGUAGCGCUAAGAGCACAAAAAUGAUAUCAAUAUUUUUCUGGUGUGUUUUUACGGGAAUAAUCGGUAUAAGUGAGUAUAUUGUUUCAGAAACUGUUUUUCGUUUUACAUUUUCCAGUUGCUCUGUCUGGUCAUUUUAAAUGACUGCCAAAGGUCUGAGAUAAUCAUGAUUAUGAAAUUUAAAGAAAUUCAGACGUUGCUAGUUUUCUGAAGAAAAUUUAAUUUGUUUCAAGCUCGACAAUGGAAUCGAAUUCCUUUGCUUUUUUAAAAGAAAAAAUACAGCAAUAUUUUACCAUUAACUAUAGAAAAAGAAGAUGUAAUGAGCUGCACACUUUUUACGCAAAUGGCGAAAAAUCGUUUUAGCCUCUUCCUAUUUGAUUGUGACGUUCUCGUUUUUACGAUGAUUUUUUUUCUAGGAAAUAAUUGUUGGCGGGCGAAAUGUCUGAGUAGUGUGUAAAAACUGGCCCAUAGAUUUUUUUAAAAAAACUAAAGUUAUCAUAUAUAAAUUUAUGUUACUGUAAAAUGAGCGAGAUUUUUCAACCAAGUUCACACUGUCUGUUUGUAGGAUUUACUUGCAGCAUUUAUUGAACGACUUGUUGCAUUUUUAAUUGGUUUCAAAUACAAUUUUCCCCGGAAUCUGGAGUUGUUAGUUCGAGCCCGACUAGCUACAGCGUUCCGUGAAGUGGGAAAAUUGCCCCUUCUUUACGGAGAAUGCCUACUGGUUAGAAACUAUAAAGACAGGUUGUGUAAGCAGGCCGCCGUGACAUAAUUUAAGGUUGUUGAGAAACGGCAUAAACCCAACACAAAUAUUGGUUAUCAACUUAUUUUUUUUAUGUCUGUACACUUUCAUGUGACUUUUAAUUUCAAUUCGUUUAUAAUGUGCAUAUUUCGACCAACUUGAAAGUCAGCAUUAUACGGGAAUAAUUAUUGCUUGUUUUGGGGUUUUACGCCAGUUUUCGUCAACAAUUUACUACUGUCCCAUUGAAAAAAUAUUAGGCACACUAGAGUGAAUGUAGCGGACACCAAACCUAUGACCGCUCGACUGAGGGGCGAACGCUCUAACCAGUAUGUCAUUCGGUCCGGUAUGAAGGGUGGGGAUAUUUUUUGACUACAUAAACUCCACAAGAGACUAUUUUCUGAAAUUUUUAAAGCGGGAAUUCUAAAAUCUGAAUUGCAUAUAUUUAAUCCCCCGCCACAAGUGGUGGGGGUUAUAGGAAUGGUCUCCGUCCGUCCUUCCGUUACAUUUUGUGUCCGCUCUGUAUCUCCUAAACUCCUUGAAGGAUUUUCAUGAAACUUGGGUCAAAUGAUCACCUCUUCAAGACGAUGUGCAGAACCCAUGUGUCAGCCAUGUCGGCUAAAGGUCAAGGUCACAACUCAAGGUCAAAAGUUUGAGCCUUCCAUUUUGUGACCGCUCUGUAUCUCUUAAACCUCUUGAAGGAUAAUUAUGAAACUUGGAUUAAAUGAUCACCUCACCAAGAGGGUGUGCAGAAUCCGUGAGUCAACCAUGCCGGCUCAAGGUCAAUGUCACAACUGAGGGUCAAAGGUUUGAGCCUUCCAUUUUGUGUCCACUCUGUAUCUCCUAAACCCCUUGAAGGGUUUUCAUCAAACUUUGGUCAAAUGAUCACCUCAUCAAAAGCUCAUGAGUCAGCCACGUCAACUCAAGGUCAAGGUCACAGCUCAAGGUCAAAGGUUUUAGCUCUGUAUUUCCUAAACACCUUGGAGGAUUUUCAUAAAACUUGGGUCAAAUGAUCACUUUAUCAAGACGUUAUGCAGAAUUCAUGAGUCAGCCAUAUCAGUUCAAGGUCAAGGUCACAGCUAAAGGUCAAAAGUUUACUUUUUCACUAUCCAUAACAGUGGCGGGGAAUUUAGCUGUCUUUCAGACUGUCUUGUUGUUACUCAUGCCAUUUAAAAAAAAGAUGAAAAUUAACAUUGUGGGAAUGGCUGUAUAUGAAGUCUUGAGAUAAUUUGUAGCCCGACCUAACUGUGUGCGUGUGCGUGUGCGUGUGCGUGUGUUAAAAAGAUAUGCUUGUUUUAUUUUAUGUAUAACAAAGAGCCUUCAAAUAUGAUAAAAAUAAAAAAAAAAGAAGUUAAUAAUCAAUACGGAAGCUAAUCGUUAUGUCUAGAUCUACCCUUCCCGAUUCUCAUACAUGUAUUAGUUUUUAGCUCACCUGUCACAGAGUGACAAGGUGAGCUUUUGUGAUCGCAUUUCGUCCGGCGUCCGUCGCCCGUCCAUCCGUCCGUCCGUCGUCCGUAAACUUUUACUUCAAACGACAUCUCCUCAUAAACCACUGGGCCAAUUUUAACCAAACUUCACAGGAAUGUUCCUUGGGUGAAGCUCUUCAAAAAAUAUUCAAUGAUUUGAUUCCAUGCAGAACUCUGGUUGCCAUGGCAACCCGAAAGCAAAAACUUUAAAAAUCUUCUUCUCAAAAACCAGAAGCCCUAGAGCUUAGAUAUUUGGUGUGAAGCAUUUCCUAGUGGACCUCUACCAAGUUUGUUCAAGUCAUGACCCCGGGGUCAAAACUGACCCCGCCCCAGGGGUCACUUGAUUUUACAUAGGAAAAUCUUAAAAAAUCUUCUCCUCAAAAACCAGAAGACCUAGAGCUUAGAUAUUUGGUGUGAAGCAUUGCCUAAUGGACCUCUACCAAGUUUGUUCAAAUCAUGACCCAAGGAUCAAAAUUGACCCUGCCCCAGGGGUCACUUGAUUUAACAUAGGAAAAUCUUCAAAAAAAUUCUAAAAAUAAACCAGAAGGCCUAGAUCUUAGAUAUUUGACAUGUAGCAUUGCUUAGUGGACCUCUACAAAAUUUGUUCAAAUCGUGACCCCCGGGGUCAAAAUUGACCCCGCCCCAGGGGUCACUUGAUUUUACAUAGGAAAAUCUUCAAAAAUUUUCUAAAAAUAAACCAGAAGGCCUAGAGCUUAGAUAUUUGACAUGUAGCAUUGCGUAGUGGACCUCUACAAAAUUUGUUCAAAUCAUGACCCCUGGGAUCAAGAUAGACCCCGUCCCAGGGGUCACUUGAUUUUACAUAGGAAAAUCUUCCAUAAAUUUCUAAAAAUAAACCAGAAGGCCUAGAUCUUAGAUAUUUGACAUGUAGCAUUGCCUAGUAGACUUCUACAAAAUUUAUUCAAAUCAUGACCCCGCCCCAUGGGGUUACUUGAUUGUAGAUAGAAAAAUCUUCCAAAUUUUCUAAAAAUAAACCAGAAAGCCUAGAUCUUUAAUAUUUGACAUGUAGCAUUGCCUAGUGGACCUCUACAAAAUUUGUUCAAAUCUUGUUAAAAUGUAUUUGCCUAUGUGCUCUAUGUCAAAACUUGAUCAUAUCAUUUUGAGCAAUGGUACUCAGGUGAGCGAUACAGGGCCAUCAUGGCCCUCUUGUUUUACUUAUAGAAGGCUCCGUAUAUCUGGGGCAGAUUCUUUUGAAUUCCAGUACCUGUAUGUUCAAUACUACAAAGAAAUGUGUUGUGACUGUGUAGUUGAAAAGUAAAUUAUGUUUUUAAAAUUCAUAAGUGUUUGCCCUUUGAUUGUCUGUUGUUUUAAAGGUAUCAUUAAAGAUAUGAAAAACGUUAUAACCAAAAUUGGACAAUGUUGUGAAUGUUUGAAGGUCAAGGUGAAAUGUUUACUUUUCAAUUCGAAUGAUUUUUAACGAGGAGUAAUGUGUUUAAGUUCGAGCGCAUUUGAAGAGCACCAACACGACAAAUUAGCUCGCUAAAAUGACAACUAGCGCGCCAAAACGACAAACUAGCGCGCAAAUAUGACAAAAACCGUAUUUUUCGUAUCGUCGCGGUACUUUGCCGUGUUGGGGCAUUGGCGUGGUAUCAAAGUACGAUAGAUCUGCUAAUAUUAUGAUCAAAUUAUACUGUUUAGUAUCUGUUUAAAAUCUCUUUAUGCUACUACAGAGUAGGGAAGAAUUAGUGGUAACCAAAAAUCAUUUCGUCAACGGAAAAUAACACUCUUUGUUUUACAUUACCCUCGACACAAGCACAUGUGGUUUAAAAUUCAUGAAAAAACUAAUAGUUUCCAAGAGAUAAAUGCGUCCACCUUUUCAGUGCAUUUGCGCAUUAAUAUUUACGAUAAAUCCUUGUUUACAUUUCAUACGCACACAAACCUGUAUCAUAUUUAAUUACUUCAAAUUUAUGUAUUCAUUCACUGGUACGUACUAUCUAAAAUACAAUGAUGUCGAGUAAAUGUGUCUUGUUUUAUCCAAUUAUUGGAAUCUGUGUAAUAGGUCUGACUUCACUGACAAAGGUAACCGAGUCAACACUAAUAACAGAUGCAUCAGCGACUGACAAACCUACCGAGCUAGCACCAGUCACAGAUGCAUCAAUGACUGACAAACCUACCGAGCUAACACCAGUCGCAGAUGCACCAACGACUGGCAAACCUACCGAGCUAGCACCAGUCACAGAUGCAUCAACGACUGACAAACCUACCGAGUCAGCAACAGCCACAGAUGCAACAACGACUGACAAACCUACCGAGCCAGCAACAGUCACAGAUGCAUCAACGACUGACAAACCUACCGAGCUAGUACCAGUCACAGAUGCAUCAGCGACUGACAAACCUACCGAGUCAGCAACAGUCACAGAUGCAUCAGCGACUGACAAACCUACCGAGCCAGCAACAGUCACAGAUGCAUCAGCGACUGACAAACCUACCGAGCCAGCAACAGUCACAGAUGCAUCAACGACUGACAAACCUACCGAGGCAGCAACAGUCACAGAUGCAUCAACGACUGACAAACCUACCGAGCUAGCACCAGCAGAUGCAUCAACACUGCAAACCUACCGAGCAGCACCAGUCACAGAUGCAUCAACGACUGACAACCUACGAGUCGCACAGCCCGAUGCACCAACGACUGGCAAACCUACCGAGCUAGCACCAGUCACAGAUGCAUCAACGACUGACAACCCUACCGAGUCAGCAACAGCCACAGAUGCAUCAACGACUGACAAACCUACCGAGCCAGCAACAGUCACAGAUGCAUCAACGACUGACAAACCUACCGAGCUAGUACCAGUCACAGAUGCAUCAACGACUGACAAACCUACCGAGUCAGCAACAGUCACAGAUGCAUCAGCGACUGACAAACCUACCGAGCCAGUAACAGUCACAGAUGCAUCAGCGACUGACAAACCUACCGAGCUAGCCCCAGUCACAGAUGCAUCAAUGACUGACAAACCUACCGAGCUAACACCAGUCGCAGAUGCACCAACGACUGGCAAACCUACCGAGCUAGCACCAGUCACAGAUGCAUCAACGACUGACAAACCUACCGAGCCAGCAACAGCCACAGAUGCACCAACGACUGACAAACCUACCGAGCCAGCAUCAAUCAAAGAUGCAUCAACGACUGACAAACCUUCCGAGUCAGCACCAGUCGCAGAUGUAUCAACGACUGACAAACCUACCGAGCCAGCAACAGUCACAGAUGCAUCAACGACUGACAAACCUACCGAGGCAGCAACAGUCACAGAUGCAUCAACGACUGACAACCCUACCGAGUCAGCAACAGCCACAGAUGCAUCAACGACUGACAAACCUACCGAGCUAGUACCAGUCACAGAUGCAUCAACGACUGACAAACCUACCGAGUCAGCAACAGUCACAGAUGCAUCAGCGAUUGACAAACCUACCGAGCCAGCACCAGUCGCAGAUGCAUCAGCGACUGACAAACCUACCGAGUCAGCAACAGUCACAGAUGCAUCAACGAAUGACAAACCUACCGACCCAGCAAUAGUCACAGAUGUGGCAACGACUGACAAACCUACCGAGCCAGCACCAGUCGCAGAUGCAUCAGCGACUGACAAACCUACCGAGUCAGCAACAGUCACAGAUGCAUCAGCGACUGACAAACCUACCGAGUCAGCAACAGUCACAGAUGCAUCAACGACUGACAAACCUACCGAGCCAGCAACAGUCACAGAUGCGGCAACGACUGACAAACCUACCGAGGCAGCAACAGUCACAGAUGCAUCAACGACUGACACACCUACCGAGCCAGCAUCAAUCAAAGAUGCAUCAACGACUGAAAAACCUGCCGAGCUAGCAUCAAUCACAGAUACAACAACGACUAAGAAACUUACCGAGCUAGCACCAGUCGCAGAUGCAUCAACGACUGACAGGCGCACCGAGGCAGCAUCAGUCAAAGAUGCAUCAGCGACUGACAAACCUACCGAGCCAGCAUCAAUCACAGAUACAUCAACGACUAAGAAACUUACCGAGCUAGCACCAGCCACAGAUGCAUCAACGACUGACAAGCGUACCGACCCAGCAUCAAUCACAGAUGCAUCAAUGACUGACAGGCGCACCGAACCAGUACAAAUUAUAAAUGCACCAAUGACUGACAAACCUACCGACCCAACACCAAUCACAGAUGCAUCAAUGACUGACAAGCCUACAAAUUCAAAAUUAAUCAUGAAUACAAAAAUGGGUAAGAAGUCUACUGGGACAUUAACAGUCUCAAAUACAGCAAUGGUUACUGAAUCUAUUAAGUUUACUGCAGCAAUGGUUGCGAAGUUCCCCGAGCCAACAUUAGAUCUACAUCAUAAAAUGGCUGGGAUGUCUACCAAGUCAACACUCACCACUAAUCCACCAAUAACUGAUGAGGUUCGCAAGUCAACACACACCACUAAUCCACCAAUAACUGACGAGGUUCGCAAGCCAGCACACACGACUAAUCUACCAAUAACUGACGAGGUUCGCAAGUCAACACACACCACUAGUCCAUCAAUAACUGACGAGGUUCGCAAGUCAACACACACCACUAAUCCAGCAAUAACUGACGAGGUUCGCAAGUCAACUCCAAGUACAACUUCAACAUUGGUUGAGAUAUUUACAAAGCGCUUACAAAUAACAAUUUUUUCGAAUACAGAGAUUUCUGGAAACACAGACAGGCUCACAACUUCAUCAGUUACAGGCACAUACAAUGGACGUGAUGAAACACUCCGUGAAGAUCAGAAUAUUUCUGCAGAACAUAAUACUAACACUUCUUCCUGUUUAGAAAUGAACAUCUUACCUCUAGUUGUUAUGGUUUUUGUGGUGACUUACUGUAUGUAAAACUUAACUUAUAAGAUGGUCCGCCUGUCACUCGGCAGUUUUCGUGUGUUUACGUAUUCGCUUAAGGUACUUCGACAAUCAUCGGACGUAAAGGUAGCUCGACGUGCAAAUGGCUUUUCGUAAAAACGAAGAAUGCCGAACACACGUACGGACAAAACAUAAUUUGCCAAUUGUCAUUUGGACUGAUUACACCACACAGGAAGAGAACUACUCAGUGUUACAUGUGAAAUGUAGUUAAAUGCUGUUGAUGACAUCCGGUUUUAUGAGUCAUAUGAGGAUGUGACAGUUAUAUUUUUGGCUUAGUUUAAUUGCUUAUUGUAUUGAGAAAACUUCUAGACCAUUAUCACUGUGAAUUUCAAAGAAUAAGUUCUUCGAGAAAAUGUCUACAUACGCGUAAUUGCUAAACAAUUUUUAUGGGAACAUUUUUAGAGGGUGAUGUUUCUAAGAACAAAUCAUUUUUCUAAUAUGUAACAUAACAUGUCAAUAUUUUCUAUUUUUGAUAAGAAGACCGACAUGUCAUACUAAAUGACCAUAUAUGGUUUUCAUAUCACUGAAAUGCUCUAAAAUACUGAAAAUGACGUCUGAUUAUUUUAUUGUUUAAAUGAAAUAGAGAAAGAACUGAAUUUGUAGAAUGUAACCUCAUUACGGGUCCGCAAUCUGAUCACCUCGGCCUUUAUGCUAUGCUAUGUAUUACACGGAGAAUAUGGAAAUACUCGUGUUUCACGAUUGUACGGGUUCGCUAUUUUAGAUUAAAAAAACUUUCCUACUUUCUGUGCACGAUGUUUCCUUGUAACAAGUCAAGAUUAAGCGAAUGAGCUAAAAUAAAGAUGAUUAUUUCUUCAA